AGUUGUAUCGUAUCCCCUUCCCUUUCUGUUUCUCCCGUUUUUCUCAAUUCAAACGGAUGACAAAAUACGAAAUUCAUAAAUAAAAAGAAACGGGAACAGUUUCAGAAAUUUGAAGUUAUUGUCGUGCUCGCUAAGCUUUUAUCAUUAAUCAGCACCUUAAAUUGCACAAAACGUAAUAAAAACCUUUAAUUGCCCCCAAAAAUAUCUGGCAAAAUCCUCUUAAAUUGCAGGUAGUUUCAGCUGUCCACAGUCCGUCUGUGGGACAUUUGCCACCAAAGGAAUACGGGGCAUGGCGGAUACAGUAUCGAAAACGCUCCUAUGCAACAUUGAUCUUCAGCAGUACAUAUUCGAGACGAGUGCGUAUCCCAGAGAACACAAACAGCUGAAGGAACUGAGGGAGGCCACCUUCGAACAGUGUGGGGACUUACGGGAAUUCAGCAUUCCGGUUGAUGAAGGAAUGUUCUUGGCAAUGCUUUUGAAGUUGAUGAAUGCUAAGAGGACUCUUGAGAUCGGCGUAUUCACUGGCUACUCACUCCUCGCCACCGCCCUUGCUUUGCCCGAUGAUGCUCAGAUAACAGCGAUCGAUGUGGAUCUACAAGCAUAUGAAAUUGGAUUGCCAUUCAUCCAGAAGGCAGGCGUCGCAGAAAAGGUCAGCUUCAUUCAAUCAGAUGCCAUCUCAGGUCUAGAAAAUCUAUUACAAGACGAAAAUAACAUAGGAGCGUUCGACUUUGUGUUCGUGGAUGCGGACAAGACUAAGUAUCGCAUCUACCACGAGCUAAUCCUGAAGCUACUGCGAGUUGGAGGGGUCGUAGCAUAUGAUAACACACUGUGGUACGCUACUGUCGUGGUUGAAGAAGAAUCAGUGCAUGACUUUUUACGUUCCAGGACGAAGAAAGAAGUUCCCAAGUACUUUGUCGACAGCAGGGCCGCCAUAAUGAAUCUCAACAGGUUCCUCGCGUCCGAUCCUCGCAUCGACAUAUCUCAGGUCUCGAUUGGAGACGGGGUCACAUUAUGCAGACGUCUCUAUUGAAUUGAAAGCCCAUACGAGAAAAGUGAUCAAGCACGCAAAAGUUUUCUGAAUUUAUGAUGCCAACGGGUGUGCUGGCAGAAAUAAUACUUAUUUGGUGUGACUUCCAAUAAAAAAAAAAAUGCUAUCGAUCAUCGGAGGUUUCUUUUAAAGCACUGUGCAUGUUGUCACAUUUCCGCAUUAUUCAACGUCGUUCGAUCUAAUUCUAUAUAUUGUCUCUUU